AAUUGUUUGGACUUUUCUCGUUAUCUAGAUUCUAUGAGUGUCCUCGACACGUUGCCAUGACGUGUUCCCGGGCGUCUCUCUCAGGAAACCAAUUCUCUUGCCAGACAGCUAGCUAAUGUGUGAUUCACUGAUUCGUUUCACUUCUCUUCGUUUACUGAUAAAAGGCCUUCCAUAGAACAAACCCUGUCCACCCUGUCCACCCCAUCACCAGAAAGUAGUUUUUUGGGGACUUUUUAAGGUUCUGUCUUAUAUUUGGCAGUGACAGAGUCUCUUAACUCCAUUCACUGCAGAUUAUUAGCAUUCCCUUUUUGUUCAGCGCUGGAUCUUCAAGCUUUAAUAGAAUCCUCUUGGUUUUCAGUUCUGGCGCUUCGUUUUUGGCAAGAAAAUGUUGUGCUAUCAAAUGGAUUUUCUUGAACUAUAACAUUUUAAGCCUUUGGAGAUUGAGAAAAGAUAAGGAAUUGAAUCUCAUCAAAACUGCAAACAUGGCUAUGGCUCCGACAAUGAAAGUAGUUCUAGGAUCAAUUGCUUUUGCAAUUUUCUGGGUACUUGCAGUUUUCCCUUCUGUCCCUUUUCUACCAGUUGGAAGAACUGCAGGUUCCCUCCUGGGAGCUAUGCUGAUGGUUGUGUUUCGUGUCCUAACCCCAGAUCAAGCAUUUGCUGCAAUUGAUCUGCCAAUCCUUGGUCUUCUCUUCGGGACAAUGGUUGUCAGUGUUUAUCUUGAGAGAGCAGAUAUGUUCAAAUACUUAGGUAAGUUGCUCUCCUGGAAAAGUAAGGGAGCCAAGGACCUGCUUUGUCGAAUUUCUGUGAUUUCUGCCAUUUCAAGUGCUCUUUUCACUAACGACACCUCUUGUGUGGUUUUGACUGAGUUUAUAUUGAAAAUUACAAGGCAACAUCGUCUCCCACCUCAUCCAUUCCUACUUGCCCUUGCCUCAAGUGCAAAUAUUGGGUCUUCAGCUACUCCAAUUGGCAAUCCUCAAAACCUGGUUAUAGCUGUUCAGAGUAAGAUUGCUUUUGGGAGUUUUGUUUUCGGAAUUCUACCGUCUAUGCUCGUGGGAGUUGUUGUGAAUAUUCUGGUCCUUAUGUGCAUGUACUGGAAGUUGUUGUCUUCUGCUCAGAAGGAUGAAGAAGAUGCAACUGCAGAGGUUCUUGCAGAUGGCGAUGUCUUUUCUCAUCGUUUUUCACCUGCCACCAUGUCACAUCUUACAUCUUCAAAUUCUCUAGAAUGGAAUUCUAGACUAGAAUCAGUGAACAUGCAAAGUUCUCCCACUAUGAAUGGUCAAGUAAACCAUGUUGAGACUCUUAGAAACCGAGUAAAUUCAACUGAGAACGAAAUCCACAGUGACUCUUCUGGUGUAUACGAGUCUGCAAGAAAUUCGAGUGCAUCAAAAGAGAUAACAAAUGAUGCUUCUUCCCAGAAAAGAGCCGAAACUGUCUCUUCGAGGAUAGAGUCAAUGGAUAGAUUGAGAGAUUUAUCAUCAAUGCAGUUUUCAUCAGGAGGCUUUGCCACAAAAUGGAAAAGGACGCUGUGGAAAUCAUGUGUUUACCUUGUUACCAUAGGCAUGUUGAUUGCAUUUUUUUUGGGUCUGAACAUGUCAUGGACUGCACUUACAGCUGCUCUUGCUCUUGUGGUUCUUGAUUUCAAGGAUGCUCAACCAUGCCUUGAGAAGGUCUCGUAUUCCCUUUUAAUUUUCUUUUGUGGAAUGUUCAUCACAGUUGAUGGCUUUAACAAAACUGGAAUUCCAAGUACUCUGUGGGACUUCAUGGAGCCUUAUGCACGCAUAGAUCAUGCUACUGGAAUAGUAAUUCUUGCCCUUGUCAUACUUGUGCUGUCAAAUUUUGCUUCAAAUGUACCAACUGUUCUCUUGCUUGGAGGACGGGUAGCAGCCUCAGAAGCUGCAAUGUCAGCUUCUGAUGAGAAGAAGGCCUGGCUCAUCUUAGCUUGGGUGAGCACAGUAGCUGGGAACCUUUCACUAUUGGGAUCAGCUGCCAACUUGAUAGUCUGUGAGCAAGCUCAUCGCGCCGCACACUUUGGUUACGACCUAUCUUUUUGGAAGCACCUUAAAUUCGGAGUUCCAUCUACUAUUAUUAUUACUGCCAUUGGUUUAACACUUAUUAGAUGAUACUUGUGCUAUUAAGCUAGAAAAGUCCAUAUUUCAUGUAUAGUUUUUUGGCUCCAAAGAUAAUAGACCCCGGGUGUAUCAAAUUGGGUGUUCUUGAGAAAUGUGGGUCCGUAUUUCUUUC